GUGAGGAAGUGUAAGUCAUGGACCUGUUACAUUUUUCCGAGUGGAUUGAUCUCAAGACUAUUUUGAUAUUCACACUUGUGUUUUUAUUAUUGAGCCAUUACAUUAAAAACAAAGUCCCUGAAAACUUUCCACCUGGAGCCUGGUCUUUGCCGAUUAUUGGGGACCUUCAUUAUAUCACUCACAAGAAGAUUCAUCUUCAGUUGGAAAAGUUUGCAGAAAAAUACGGAAAUGUUUUAAGCAUUCAAAUUCUCGGACCAAGAAUUGUUGUUUUGAUCGGAUACAAAACAGUAAAAGAAUCCUAUGCACAAGGUUUGGUUGCUUCCAAUGGCCAUAAUUGGAAACAACAGAGGAGAUUUGCACUUUCAACACUUCGAACCUUUGGAAUGGGAAAGAAAAACCUGGGGCCAUCCAUCAAUGUUGAAUGUCACUUUCUAAAUGAAGCCAUUUCAUCUGAGAAUGACUCUAUUGAAGAACAUCCAUCGACGUGUGCUUUUCUGGGGAAGCAUUUAGGUACAGCUUUAUAACAUGUUCCCAUGGCUUAUGCGAUUACUGCCUGGACCACACAAGAAAAAACUCUGUGGCAGAAUGUGAUUGAUUUUAUUCAAGGGAAGGUGAAUGAACACAAAAUGGAUUUUGAUCCUUCCAGUCCU